AUGAAAAGCUGCCAUUACAAGGCACUUUCCCACUUUCCAGACAUAAAUGUAGGAUGUGGUAAUUCCAUUGGGAUAAACCCUUAUCCAACAUAUCCAUUAGCAAGUGGAGAAAUUGCCACGUAGGCCCAAAACAAUCCUUUAUCCCAAUUUUCCACCUCUCACCACAACCUCUCCCUUCACUCUCUAUCCUAAUCCACUCUUCCCAUAUCAACUUCCUCACAUUGAGAACUACCCAAAGUUCCCCCAAAAGCAUUUCACUUGUCAAGAAAGAGAGAGAAGAAUAACAAAUGGCCUCUACUUUGGCAGUUAUGGCAGCCAUGCCGUUAACUUCAGCCACCCAGAAGAGGUUUCCGGCCUCCGGUGCCGCCUUCAACCCAUUGCAGGUCAGGCCCUCCAAGGCCGCAUCGGCAGUGGUGGCAUCGAAAACCACCGGAAAGUUUGUAGUCAAGGCCUCACUGAGAGAGAAAGCGGUAACGGGAUUGACAGCGGCGGCAUUGACGGCCUCCAUGAUGAUGCCAGAGGUGGCAGAGGCGGCUGUCUCACCUUCCCUCAAGAACUUCUUGCUCAGCAUCGGAGCCGGUGGCAUCGUGCUCGUCGUGCUUAUUGGUGCUGUGGUAGGAGUUUCCAACUUUGACCCUGUUAAGAGAACCUGAGAGAAACACUUUGUAAUCGUGCUUUGGCAUUCUUUUCUUGCUAUAUGUAUCUCUCUCAUGUGUGCUGUAAUGAUCUGUACUAAAAAUUUUAUGAAUAUGUAAUGGAUGACUCCAUUGGCUUUUGAUUCUACCAAAA